CCUUUACAAAAUGUACCCAUUGAUCGCAUAUUUACGGCGAGAUGAUUGAUGCGCGCUGUGAGCCAACGGAGACGGACAUCGUCACCUGUCGGCCAUUUUACGCCGGCCCAUUGAAUAAGAUAAACUUGCUGUUUCAUAAAUAUUAGAGAUGCAGUAGAUUUAAUGCAAAUUUUAAAAUAAUUCUAACAUUUUCAUUUAACAACGAGCCUGAAUCAUGGCCACGUUGAUGCGAUUUGUCAAGUCCUCCGACGCAAGAUGAGCGCUAGUGACUUACGCUGCUGACUUCGCCUUUUGACAUCUAACCGUAUAUAUGAAUAUCUAUAAGUUUACCUUUUAUAUUUUAUAAAGUAGGUGUUUUUUUCUUCUAAUUUUCGUCUUAGCCAUUAAGUAACACCAAAUCAUUUCUUAAUGUAUUUGAGAGUAUUGUUUUCAUAUUAGGUCCCUCGUAUUUCCGUUCCAAAGUUCAAGCUGUUCUACAUAACAAACAGUGGCUGUCGUUCGUACCGGAGAACUCUUCCAAGUUGCAGCCAGCAACCUAUGUCGAAUAAUAUUCGUUUUGCUGGCACCAUGCCCGGGAGAGUUGAAGCCAGCGACAAAACGGCCUGGAUUGGCUCGAAAGCGAAUGCUACAACUGAAACGAGGAGGAAAACAACGAUUUAUAUCGUUUAUCUAAUUGCAGCUUUGGACAUAACCUGGAUGUUUAUACAGUUCUCAAUUACGCCCUAUUUGGCAAGGAAACUGGGCUUUGAUACGUUAUGGUUUGGUUAUUUACAAACCAUGGUCGGUGUCAUUCAGUUGUUUGGCGGUCCUUUGUUUGGACGGUUCGCAGAUGUUAUAGGAGCCCGAGCGGCACUGUCAUUGGCGUGUGCUGCAAAUAUUGUUUUCUUCAUUCUACUGGCUAUUGCAGACUCUCCUGCCAUGCUUUUUGUUCAAAAACUCCCCACAGUUGUCAUGCAUGUCCUACCAGCUUCACAGAUGGUUGUAGCGGACCUUUCUGAACCUGAAAAACGGGCCGAUGCAUUAUCCAAACUGGGUCUUUGUUUCGGUAUUGGGAUGAUAGCUGGCUCCACUAUAGGUGGCCAUCUCGUCACAAGUUAUGGGGAAAGAUUUGCUGCAUACAGCGGUGCUGCAGGGAGCACAUUGAGUUUGCUUUUGGUAUUAAGCUUUAUACCUCAAACCACCAAAGUUCAAAGUGCAGCAGCCAAAAAUGAUUCUGAGAACAAAAACAAAUCCAUAUUUAGCGUGGGCCAGAUCACAAGACUAAUGAAGUUUCCAGGUGUGGCGCAAACAUUUGUUGUGAAGAUUGUUGCAGGUUUACCAUCAGGCAUUUUCCAAGUGAUGUUCUCUAUAAUUGCAUUGGAGGUUUUUAAGUUGACACCUGAAACAAAUGGAUAUAUAAUGGCCUAUUUUGGAAUAGCCCAGAUGGUGGUUCAGGGAGGCGUGAUCGGGCGACUUACAGCAAGAUACUCUGAGAGUUCACUGCUACUAUUGUCAAUUGGAAUUUCUGCUUUAGUGGGCCUGGCUCAGGCGUACAUGCAAAAUGUGUUCCAGUUCUGCCUCACUGUGGUCCCCAUGAUGUUUUCCCUUAGUGUGUUUAAUGUUAUCACAGACAGUUUGCUCACCAAGAGCGUGCCUUCCUCUGACACAGGCACAAUGCUGGGGCUGUGUGCAGCUGUUCAGUCUCUACUUCGUACAGUUGGACCAACCAUUGGCGGUGUUCUCUAUGUGAACUAUGGCCUUUUUUCUAUUGGCUUUCUCCAGUUCAUUGGAAAUAGUGCAGUGUUUUUGUACCUGCUACAGCGUCAAUUGAACAAGAACUCAGAGUAUAAGGAAUGAUACUUAAAGCUUUGAAAUCUUUCAAUCUCCCAAGAUGUUGACCAAAAAUUCAAAUCGGUUGGGCCACCUCAAUGCAAAUUAUUGAAACGUGUAUAAGCUUCUAAGUGUGCAUAAAAUAACUUUGAUAAAUCACAUUUGUAGUAGUGGCAUCAGUGGAACUGGGCUUUAUAGUUAAAUGAAUUUGUUUCUAACUUGUUUAGAAGUGUUUUGUAUAUACUCUAUUGCAGUGUCUUCGAGUGGCCAGAAAAUAAAUGAUUUUAUAUA